AUGUCGGCAAGCACUGUCCCCUAUCCUUUCCAAUUCGAACCUCGCGAAAGCUCCGGCCCGCAGGAUGGACGUACCACGACUGUGAACUUGACUCUGAGAAAUGUUCGAGGCAAAAUCCCAUUUGAGCAGACAUCACACUUGCGUACGAUGAUGCUCGAGGCUCGCAACGAUCCUACCAAGAUUCUCGCCCACGCAUGCACUUAUGACGGGCUCUCUUCGCGCCUAGUCGAAGAAGCAGGCUUUCCCAUGGUCUUCUUGGCGGGAUAUGCCGUGUCCUCGGCAUAUGGACUGCCCGAUGCAGGGUACAUCUCGAUGCCCGAGCUGUGCGACAAGAUUCAGGAGGCAUACCGGCAAGUGUCCAUCCCCAUCAUGGCCGAUGGAGAUACUGGGUACGGAAGUCCUAUGAAUGUGAAGCGAACUGUGGAGAGCUUUGCAGCCGCAGGCGCAGCGGGCGUUAUGAUUGAAGAUCAACAAUGGCCUAAGCGCUGUGGACACACCAAGGGAAAGAGCGUCGUCUCCCGUGAAGAGGCCUACGCUCGCAUUCAGGCUGCAGUCGAUGCCCGCAAUGAAGGAAGAGACAUUUUCAUUCUUGCCCGCACGGAUGCAUUGAUGCAUGGCUGGGAUGAAGCUAUGACUCGCGCCAAAGAAUUCAAGCGUAUUGGAGUCGAUGCGAUCUUUGUCGAGGCUCUUCCCAAUCGCGAUGCCAUGAAGCGGUGUGCGGAGGAAAUUGAUAUUCCGAUCUUUGCAAACAUAAUCGAGGGUGGAAAGACCGAGAAUAUCUCUGCCAAGGAGCUCGCAGAGUUGGGAUACAGCGCGGUCGCGUAUCCUUGGACCUUGGUGGCGGCUCACUUGAAAAGUGUUCGGGAGGCUUUGGAUGGACUCAAGAAAAGCAUGACAGUGGGCGCACCUCCCAUGAUAUUGACAUACGAUGAGGUGUGCGAAGGUGUCGGGUUCAACAAAUACUGGGACCGAGAGGAGAAGUACAAGUUCUAG